AUGUUUGAAAGCCACAUUUCAGCAGUCAUUCACUGUUUACUUAAGAUGGACCAACACGACCCAGCCGACAGACUGACGGGGAGCCCAAUGGAGAUGAAAGAAAAUGGGACGGCGACUUUCGCUCAGUUCUCCUCCAGCAUUCGUGCCAUGGUGCGGAUUCGCCAGAAGUACCAGGUCAUGAAGAAACGCAAAGUGGAACUCAUGUCGGCCCACAGCUACAUGUCUCAACGCUCCACCAGCCCGAAGAUUUUCACGUUUGAAAACGUCCAAACUCCUGUUAACUUCAGCCCGGCUUCCCCUCGAAAGCGAAAGAAAAGGAAGGGCCGAGUUUUGUAUCCCAGUAGCAGCUUGAGAGCCGUACCGACGAAAGAGCGAAGCCAAGCAAAGAACUGCCUAUACUUGUUAUUCAUCAUCGUUUUUCUACAGAUUUACAACGCCAUCGAAAACCUGGACGACCACGUGAUCAAAUAUGAUCUGGAGGGACUGGAAAAGACUCUUAAAAGGGAAGUGUUUGGCCAACAAGAAGCAAGGGAGCACAUUCUGGGUCAUUUACACGAUUACCUGUCAACGUACGUUCACAAUAAACCUUUGGUGUUGUCGCUUCACGGACCUACGGGAGUUGGCAAGAGCCACAUUGGCCGAUUGUUGGCUCAGCAUUUCCGUUCGGUGGUUGGCGACCGGUUAGUCAUGCAAUACUUUGUGCUACACCACUGCCCUACGGAUGAAGACAUCCCACGAUGCACGAAAGAUCUAAACGCCCAGAUCACUGAGAUGGUCACACAGGCCGAGGAAGAAGAGAAGAUACCGCUGUUCAUCUUCGAUGAAGUGGAACACAUGCCCAGCGAAUUGCUGGACACGUUACGAGACGUCAUUGACCUCCAAAACAACAACGAAUACUUAAACGCAAUCUACAUUCUCAUCAGCAAUCUGGGACAUGACGAUAUCACCAAAUUUGUCCUUCACAACUCCAGCGUCUCCACGUCGGGACGUUUAAGUUUGACUCAGGAGCUCACUCCGUGGCUACGCAACUACCUGCAAAGGUAUCACUCGCUUUUCCUGGAGGUGGAGUUACUACCUUUCACGCUUUUAGAGAAAAGCCACGUAAUGGAUUGUUUUAUAGACGAGAUGUCAAGAGAAGGAUUUUAUCCCGACCGCUCGCACGUAGAAAGACUCGCAGAAGAACUCUCUUAUUAUACCGUAGGCGAGCUGGAAUUUUCUCAUAGCGGAUGCAGGCAAGUUGUGGCAAAGGUGAAUCUUCUCUGAAACAAAGUCUGCUGUGCAGAUGAUCAACGUAAGACAGUGAUAUGUGUGGGACACAGAUGGGAGUCUAUAUUUUGUGUCUUAUUGUCAAUCAUUUCACGCAUGCUGCCUUCACGUGCUAUCAAAUAUUGGAUCUUUUUUGAAGUCAUGAUUACGAGCUUGUUGUGUUUAGGAGCUUUGUUGUCGGAAAGACACUUGGUUCACUUUUGUGUUUCCUGGGUAAAAGUUGCGUGUGUCCUUGUGUGCUACUUUAACGACAAGGCAAUGAAGCUAUUGCCAUAGCAGAAAUCCUUCCCAUUCGCCCAUCUCAGGAAUUUGGAUUUCAAAAUAAUUGUUAAACAUCACAGAGGUUAACACGACAUCAGAAGACGUUCACGUGCAAUUUUUACUAUAGGAAACUCGUAUUUACCAUAAUUCUGAUUAUAGCACGUGAAGGCAGCAUUAAUUUUUAUGCAACGUUGUUGUUUUUAUGUAUAAAAAGUUACAACUGGGCAUUAUAGUUGAAAAGUGCAAACAAACGAAUGUGAGUGAGUAUUUUGUUUGUCAUCUGUUCAAUGUGAAGUAGAUCUUUGAUCUUAAUAACACACAAAAAACUCAA